AUGGUUGCAGCUUCCCUUGUCCUUGCCCUUGGCUCUGGUCUAGCAGCAGCCGCUCUUCCCUCUCGACGCCAAUCGACGGGAAAUUCAACGGAAUGUACUACUGGAAGCUCUAUAGCGCCCUCGGGUGUAUAUUAUGGUGUUGGGAAGAACGCGACCGACGGAGUUCCCGUGCGACUACGGAUCAGUAAUGGGGGUGCCGGGCUCUCCGGUCUGGUCGGUGCGCUGGCCAACGCCUUCAUUACUUACAAGGUAGACCAAAACAAGACCGAAGGCCCUUUUGCAGUUGCAUGGGUAAGAGGCGAUACGACUGAGACAAUCAAAUAUCUAGGGAAUGGAGAGGCGGACGUUGGGAUUACAUAUAACAAGGCUGCGGAGUGCCAGGCAGUAUCAGAUGGUGUGGCCGCUCGUCGGGUCUAUGGGUUUAGAGAUCACUUCUACCUCGCUGGCCCGCCCUCUAACCCGGCUGGCCUGCAGGAAUUCAAGUCAGGUGCACAAAACGAGAAUAUUUUGACCCAGUUUCAGAAGAUUGUGAGGACAGGAAACAACGAUACUUUGGUUCCUCCCACUCGUUUCUUGACGCGUUACGAUAAAUCGGCCACGAAUAUUAAAGAUUCUGAGCUAUUUAUUGCAGUUGGCCAAGUCCCUUGGGCAUAUGCUUACUCUAAGUGGUACCAUCAAUAUGUUGCAUAUCCGAUUGAUGCACUUAUAGCUGCUGCGAAGCUAGGCGAAUAUACAAUUACCGACCGAGGUACUUGGCUUUCAACUCCAGUCAACGUUACGAGUCAGUUGGUGCGCUACAACGAAGGCCAAGACGACCCAGCCCAAAGUGCCGCAGGCCAACCAGAAGGCCCAGAAGACCUUCUUCUUAACCCCGCAUUUUUCCUUACUGGUACCAAAGUUUGUGAGGGAAAUAAGCAACUUGCGGAUGAUUUCCUCACCUGGGUGGUCAGUGAGGAUGGUCAAAAGGUUAUUGAAGAUUUCAGAGGAACAGCUUCCCCUACCGAAUGGCUUUAUACCCGUGCACCCACUCGCAACGAUCUAAAAAUCCAAAACUGCAGCAUCACAGGUGCCUGA